UAUCAAAUAACAGCAGGAAGCUAUUGUGUUUGCAACAACAUCUGAAGAGUACAAAUACUCUGAGCAUGCACGUAAGCCAGUGGAAUUUUUUCAAAGAAAGCUUUCUGAAUUCCAGACUUAUCAGCUUAAAAUGAAAAGAGCUUCAACUACUUCUACAAAGCAUGUAGGCUUCACAUACAGAUUAUUUGGCCCUCUUGGCAGCAAGUCAUAUUUCCCCAACAUUUAGCUUAACUCAACUAGGUAAGAAACCAUUCAUUUUGUCAGAUGUUGGCAGCAGUAACCUCUCUGCCACUGAGCAUGAUAAUCUCAAGCUGUCUUCAGAUGGUGGUCUGCAAAUCAAGUUUAAUGACUCCACACUAAUGCAGUUUGGAUGUUUAGUAUAGAAAGCACACACUGACCUUGAGAACCAUCCUUUGGGUGUCUGUAACCUUUUGGGUCAACAUAUCUUUGUGAAGUCUCAUUUUCUGCUAUGACUGCUAUCAUGCUAAAAAGCAAAAAUAGACUCAAUGUGGAGAAAAACUUAAUUGUUGCUGUCGCUUCACUGCCUUGCAAAAUGUCAGGCUCACAAGUGAAAAACAAGCUCAAUUAUCACAUUGAAAUAUGCUUGGAAUUUGGAUUCUUGCACUUUUUCUGCUUGGGACAGCCAGAGGAAAGGAAGUUUGCUUUGAAAGGCUUGGAUGCUUCACAGAUGACAUACCAUGGUCUGGAACUGUAGAAAGACCAGUGGCGAAGUUACCCUGGAGUCCAGAAAAGAUAAACACCCGCUUCCUUCUUUACACAAAAAAUAAUCCAAAUAACUUUGAAGAGAUUACUGCAAUAAAUCCAUCAACGAUCGGUUACUCGAAUUUCAGUCCCAGCAAAAUAACCCGUUUUAUUACCCAUGGAUUUGUAGACCAAGGAGAAGAAAACUGGCUGUCGGACAUGUGCAGGAGGAUGUUUGAAGUGGAAGACGUAAACUGUAUCUGCAUAGACUGGAGCAGUGGAUCAAGAUGCCCAUAUACUCAGGCAUCAAACAAUAUCCGUGUUGUGGGUGCUGAAGUGGCUUAUUUUAUCAAUGUGCUUAUGGAACAAUACGGAUACUCUCCUUUCAAAGUCCAUUUCAUAGCCCAUAGUCUUGGAGCACAUGCUGCUGGGGAGACAGGAAGAAGAAGGCCAGGCAUUGGAAGAAUAACUGGACUGGAUCCUGCUCAGCCCUAUUUCCAAGGUACACCAAUUGAAGUCAGACUGGAUACAACUGAUGCAGCUUUUGUUGACGUUAUUCAUACUGAUUCAGCUCCUACAAUUCCAUACCUGGGUUUUGGAAUGAGCCAGGCGGUUGGACAUCUUGAUUUUUACCCAAAUGGAGGCAUACAAAUGCCAGGAUGCAAGAAGAAUCCUAUUUCACAGAUUGUUGACAUUGAUGGCAUCUGGGAAGGAACUCGUGACUUUGUUGCUUGUAAUCAUUUGCGAAGCUACAAGUACUAUUCUGACAGCAUCGUCUUCCCUGAUGGUUUUCUAGGAUACAUCUGUGCUUCAUAUGACAUUUUUGAGACAAAAGAAAACUGCUUCCCAUGCCCUCAAGGUGGAUGCCCACAAAUGGGUCACUAUGCAGAUAAAUAUAAGGACAAAUUUACUUCUGGGAUUAAUAAACUUUAUCUGAACACUGGAGAGGCCAAAAAUUUUGCUCGUUGGAGGUAUGAAGUAUCUGUGACAAUAUCUGGAAAGAGUAAAGUAAGCGGGUAUGCAAAUAUCGCCCUGUAUGGAACAGGAGGAAACACAAGGCAAUAUCAAAUUGCUAAGGGAUCCCUCAAACCAGGUGAUAAACAUACCAGCUUCAUUGACGCUGAAAUUAAUGUUGGGACGAUUAGUAAAGUUAAAUUUCUUUGGAACAACCAUAUCCUAAACCCAACCCUACCCACACUGGGAGCAGCAAAGGUCACAGUACAAGCUGGAGAAACUAGAAAUGUGUUUAAUUUUUGUAGCAGUGAAACUGUGCGAGAGAAUGUUCUGCUAACUCUUACAUCUUGCUAACAACAUACAAAGAUGUCAGCUCUGUAUGUUAAUAUUAAUAAAAGUUAAUCAUACAUAACAGCCUCAAUGGCUAGAUGUAAUGUUUUAUCGUCAUUAUUUGUACUGUGUGAGAAACCAAAAGGUGCUAC